AUGGGAGACGAAGACAUUGGUCUAGAUGUUGAGAAUCAGCCUCAGAUCGGCAUGAAGUUUAAUUCAGAGAAUGAGGCAUAUGAUUUCUACAAUAGCUAUGGGGGAAGGAUGGGUUUUAGUGUUAGGAGAGAAUAUGCACAUAAGAGCAAAAAAGAUAAGACAAUCAUAACUUCAAGGAGAUUCGUAUGUAGUAAACAAGGAUAUCGAAAAAAAGACAAGCGAGAUAUUGGUCCAAACAAACCUCGAGCAGAGACAAGGACCGAUUGUCCUGCACGGAUGGGGAUUGCACUUUUGGAUAAUGGACAAUACCAGUGUCGUGAUUUUGUUGAAGAGCAUAAUCACCUCCUUCAUCUACCGAUUACCAUUCAUAUGAUGCGGUCACAACGGAAACUUUCAGAUGUACAUGCUUUUGAAAUCAAUUUGGCUGAUGAUUCCAGAAUCAUACCUUAG